AUGGCAGAGCAGCGGAAGCGGUCGCGGUCGCUCAGAGAGAGCGCGCGGGCACUUUUCAAGAAGCAUACGGGGGAGGGGCGGCGGAAGGGGCGCGCGAGCAGUGCCAAAAGACGGGUAGCGACGCGGAAUGGGGAGCGGCGGACGGGGCCGGAGGCGGGUGAUGUCGAGGUGGCGGCGGGGGAGGGCUCGGAUGUGGAGAGCCGGGUGUCAGGAGCAGAAUCGUGGCUCAUGUCGCGACCGGUGGUUUACGCGAACAGCACAAACUCGUCGCUCCGCCUGGGGUGGGGUGGCCGGGACGCCGCCAGCUGGCAUAGCGGGGGGCACAGCAAUUCGUCGUCGCUCAGCAUGCCAAUUGAGAUGAGCGCGCGGCACUCGCAUGUGCGGUCUGGCGCGGGCGGCGAGCCCGCGGGGGCGGGCCAAAGCACGCGCUCGGAUGCAGGAUACAAGGAGGACACUGAGGAUAAAUUUUCGGAUAUCACACCCUUUGACCAGGAUGGUACUGGGAAGCACCGGUACGGGAAUUUUUUCUCUGGGGCUGAGGAAUUGGGUAACGGUGGCAUCUUGUCUUCGUUUCUAUCUGCAGCGCAGAAUGCGGCCCAACACCUCAUUUCUAAGUCUCCCUUGAGCGCAACCAAGCACGGCAGUCCUGGAUCUAUCACAUCUCAAACUGAGCAUCAGAAGGCCCCCGCUAGGCCUGCGGAUUCGAUGGAAAAGCAUUCUUCCUUUUUAAAACAUUUGGACUUCAUGCUAUCCUCGACCCCAGCUUACCAGUCGCUCACCAAAGAAAACAUGGGCGCACUGGACGACGCGCAUGGGAAAUAUAUCGAUACGACUACUCCCCUUCUCCAGGAUGGCGACGAGGACCUGUCACCUGACCUCGAUAACAGCCGCCAGAAGUUUGAAGACAGCUUGUCACCCCAGAUCAUAGUUGAUUUUCACAGCCAUAAUAACCCAGAAAACCAGGUAAAGGACCCGACUGCGGGAUCUAAGGCCGAUCCCCUCGUACCCCGCGAAACGACAGUAUCUGGUUUCGGCGAUGGCGAUCUAACAUUGGACUAUUUCGACAAUCCCGGCGAAGAGCCUUUGCUGACGGAGCAGUUACCGAACCGCGUGUUGGCUAUAUCCACCGAGCGCUCGCACCACAAUUCUCAGGCGCAGAGUGCAGCAAAUGGUCAAAGCCCCAUGACUCGCCAAAGAGGGCUCACGUUACCUACGAAGGGCGUAUAUGGCAAAUAUGGCUACGAAGCCCACCGCUUUUCACCGUCCCCUACACGCAGCCUUAGUGGCGUCAAUCUGCGCAAGAACACCGAGCCGCGGCCGGUCUCGCGUUCGCAGGUUAUAUGUGUAGAAGAAAACGAGAACCAGCCUGUUAGACGGGCAUCCACGUUGGUACUGCCCUCCCCACCUUCCAGGCUCAAGAGAAGCACGUCUUUCACAUCCGGAAGUAAGGUGUCAGAGUACCUGAAGGUGCACAAGAAUUCCCUGCAGUCCGCAAUUUCCACUCCAAGCAGCCCAUACGAAAAGGCCCGACAGACAGAGAGCAGUCCAUAUGAAUUGGAGGAUGUCGAAUACGCGAGCGCCAGAAAGAAUUUUGAUUUCCAUUCACUGUUCAAGGACACGGAGGUUUCCUCCUCCGAAAAGUUACUAACCGACUACAGUUGUGCAUGGUCCAAAGAUAUUCUUUUGCAAGGACGUCUUUAUAUAUCUACCGAACACAUCUGCUUCUACUCUAACAUAUUAGGCUAUGUCAGCGUAGUGGUUAUUCCACUAAAAGAAGUUGUACAGAUAGAGAAGAAGAACACGGCAGGUAUAUUUCCUAAUGCGAUCGCAAUACAUACCUUGCAGAAGAAAUAUGUGUUUGCAUCGUUCAUAUCUCGGGACACAACCUUUGACUUGAUUACCAAUGUGUGGAACCAGAUUAUCCUAGGCCCCAAUGCGAAUAAGACAACCUCUAACCAGGACGACAAGGAUAGUGGGCCAAAUCUUGAGUAUCAAUUGAAGAACGACUCUGACAUAGACCAGAGCAGUGCGGAGGAGGACAGCUCUUCAGAUAGUGACGGUUAUGAAUCCUCUGCAAGUGAUGCAGCUCUAAGUGCCAUGGAUGAAGAGUCAGCCUAUUCCGUGCCAAGUCUGGGAGCUGCAGAAAAUACCAUAGAUAUCCCAUCCUUGGGUCCACUUGAGCAUGCACCAACCUUUCCACAAUAUGCGCAGCACUCUGACGAGCGGAAGAUUCGGGAGGAGGUUUUUCCCUCUCCUCUAGGGAAGAUCGUGAAUAUUCUAUAUGGCGAAAAUACCGAUUAUUUCCAUCAAAUAUUAAAGGCGCAAAAAAACUAUGAUAUAUCGACAAUCAGUCCUUUAAUAGAAACCAAGGUCAGAAGUUACGAAUUCUGCAAGCCUCUUUCGGGGCCGAUUGGACCUAGUAAGGCAGUCUGUUAUAUCACAGAAACUAUUGAGCACUACGACCUUGAUGAUUACGUUCAGGUUGUACAGAUAUCUAAAACGCCUGAUAUCCCGUCCGGAAAUUCUUUCUACGUGAAAACGGUGACCAUAUUAUCAUGGGCACCCAAUAAUGGGACUAGAAUCUCAGUGUAUGCAGGUAUAGAAUGGACUGGGAAGAGUUGGAUAAAGUCAGCUGUGGAAAAGGGUACUUUCGAAGGUGUUACAAUGUCAUCCAAAACGAUGUUCGAAACGGUAAACCAUCUCUUGAAGGUCUCUAAUAAUAAAUCAAGCUUACGAUUGGCAGUUUCCAACAAGUCAACAACUGAUAUUCCUAAUAAUCUACCAACUAUCGGCCCUAGUACGCAUCCUCCGACGAAGAACACCUAUACGAAGCAACCAGGAGAUGUUAUUGUUGAUGAUUCGAUUUCCAUCGCAGCACCAUUGGGUGUCGUGUACAAGCUGUUAUUUGGUGAGGACACGUCCUACUUGCAAAAGAUAUUAGAAAAACAGGCUAAUCAUAAUAUUUCAGCUAUACCGUCUGAAUUCUCAGAUAAUGUGAGGGAAUAUGAAUAUAUCAAGCCAUUAAACAAUCCUGUUGGUCCUAAGCAGACGCGAUGCUUGAUCCAGGAAAAAAUCCUACAUUGCGAUGUGAACUCUCACAUAGUAGUGGAGCAGAUAACGAAGACGCCAGAUGUACCCUCGGGAGGUGCGUUUGAAAUACAUACCAGAUUCUACUUAUCAUGGGGGAAAGAUAACUCCACUAAUAUGUUGGUGGUGACCAAUAUCGUUUGGAAUGGAAGAUGUUGGAUCAAAGGUGCAAUUGAAAAGGGCUCAUUAGAUGGCCAAAGGUUAUCCACAAAGAUUGUCGUCGAAGAGCUAAAGGCAAUUGUGAGCAAACACGGCACCAAGGAAAGACAUACACCUAGGAAAAAGACUCGCCGGUCUAAGAAAAGGAAGUCGUCCAAAGCUGGCGUCUCCAGCACUCCAUCACAGUUUGUGUCUGUGGGCUUCAAAAAGAAGAUCGCUGGUAUUUUCGGCUCUCUCUACGCCUGCUCCAGCCAGAACAAGGUGAUCGUGCUACUUUCACUUCUGUUGUUAGUAUCACUAUCGCACAUGUUGAGUCGUGGCACCCGGAAUGUUCAGCUUGUGAAACCCGGGAGGGUUAUCAUCGAUGGGAUUGAGUAUAGUUACUCGCCUUCCGAAGGUUCGCUCUAUUGCGCCUCAAACAUGAAUUCGGGUAAUACCGACAGGACCGUUGUCACAAGCGCAGAGUAUGGCCUAUGGGAUUGGGUUGAUAACAGAAAUUCAGCCUCUGUCAACAAGGCAACUCCGCAGCUCCGUGACAGCAUGGAAGAAAUGGCCCUGAACCACAGGCGCCAGGAGCUAGAGGAAGCUGUGAGGAUAGCAGAAUAUGAGAUACAAGAAUUAAAACGAAAAAUAGACUUGCUCUUUUAG